UCAUCAAUACUUAAGAUGUAUCGCACACAAAAUCUUUUCAGCACUUUUUCAGUUCUCUCAUCUUCUCUUCUCUCAUCAGUUUGUGGUCGAGCCCCCUUUAACACAAAGAUUUAUGGAGGGGGCGAUGCAACUGAAGGGUCUUGGCCCUGGCACGUGGGCAUUACCUCAACUGGAGAACCAGUUUCUGUGUGUGGUGGGAGUCUCAUUAAUAAAGACUGGGUUUUGUCUUCAGCUUUCUGCAUCAAUAUAAUGGACACAUCAGUAGAUCAGAUUGUGAUCUACUUGGGACGUUCGAGCCAGUUCAACCCAGACCCACAUCAGAUAAACAGAACAGUAAUUAAUGUCAUCAAUCAUCCUGACUUUAACCCAAACACUGGAGACAAUAACAUAGCACUGUUUCAGCUCUCAUCUUCUGUGGAUUUCACCGAUUAUAUUCGACCGGUCUGUCUGGCUGCUGCUGGUAGUGUAUUUGAUGAAGGACUUUCAAGUUGGGCCACAGGAUGGGGGUAUAAUAAUGACGCCGAAUCUUCUAACAUAUUGCAGGAGGUGGAGAUUCCAAUUGUGAGCAACCAGAACUGCAGUAUUGCCUAUAAUGGAAGUGGUGUCACUAUCACAGACAACAUGCUGUGUGCUGGAUGGUUAAAUGAUGUUUAUAUAGGUCCAAGUUUUUUUGAUGAGGGAGGACCACUGGUCAGUAAGCAGGGCUCAGGGUGGAUUCAGACUGGAAUUAUUAUUAUGACUGAUGCAGGCAGGUUUCCCUAUGUGUUCAACAGAGUCUCUCAAUAUCAAGACUGGAUCAACUCUCACAUAUCCAAUGAAAAGCCUGGAUUUGUUACAGUCCCCUAUUCCACUCCAACUCCUGAUCCCAUUCCCACUCCUGAUCCCAAUCCCACUCUUUAUUGUCCUGAUAUCUUCAGUGGAAGUUCACCCAUUCAGUUAUUUCCUCUUUCCCUCACAUUCUUCAUCUUCUCUCUCAUCUUCUGUCUCUUUAUUUAA